UUAAGAAACGGUCGACCAAAAAUCAUGCACGUGGCUUCACCUCUUUGAAAGCUCCAUCUUCAUUCUUCAAUCCUUGACUCACUACACUCCCAUGGCGGAUCUUUCGCUUUCUCUCGCUCCGUUCAGUUUUACGGCGCCAAAACGGCCUUUCAAAAUCCUCCAUUCUCCUUCUUCUUCAAUCACUGUUCAAAUCCGUAACCCCAAAUUUCUCAAUACUCUCUCUCGCUCUCACCCUUCCUUUCCCUUCACCCCCACCAUUCGCUUUCCUUCCUCUUCCUCCCCUUCAUCGUCGCCGAUUAGCCGCCGUUUCGCGGUUCCUCACGAUGAUUAUGAACGGGAAGUCAGUAGCCUCGAGAUUGAGAACGAAAUUGACAAUGGAGUACAGGGAAAUGAGCAGUUAAUGGGGACUGGAAUGGAAGAAUUGGGGAGCCAAGGGUUGGUGAAUCAGAUGAAGGAGAUUGUGACGUUUACUGGACCUGCCAUUGGGUUGUGGAUUUGUGGACCAUUGAUGAGUCUCAUUGACACUGCGGUUAUAGGUCAGGGGAGCGCCGUUGAGCUUGCUGCUUUAGGCCCAGCGACAGUUUUAUGUGAUUAUACGAGCUAUGUGUUCAUGUUUCUCAGUAUCGCAACUUCAAAUAUGGUAGCCACGGCCCUUGCCAAACAGGAUAAGAACGAAGUGCAGCAUCACAUAUCUGUAUUGCUAUUUGUUGGACUGAUGUCUGGUUUCUUGAUGCUCUUAGUUACCAAACUAUUGGGCUCAGUGGCGCUAACUGCUUUUGUGGGCACAAAGAAUGCAGACAUCAUACCUGCAGCAAACACGUAUAUGCAGAUUCGAGGUUUGGCAUGGCCUGCAAUUCUCAUUGGAUGGGUUGCUCAGAGUGCAAGUCUUGGCAUGAAAGAUUCUUGGGGACCUCUGAAGGCUUUGGCAGUUGCGAGUAUUGUAAAUGGCAUAGGUGAUGUGGUUCUAUGCAUGUUUUUAGGAUAUGGUAUCGCUGGUGCUGCAUGGGCAACUAUGGCAUCACAGGUUAUUGCAGCUUAUAUGAUGAUAGAGCAACUAAAUGAGAAAGGAUAUAGUGGAUAUUCUCUCUCUGUUCCCUCGCCUGGUGAAUUUGUGUCAAUACUUGGACUUGCUGCUCCUGUAUUUAUAACACUGAUGUCAAAGAUAGUUUUUUAUACUCUCCUCAUCUAUCAUGCUACGUCUAUAGGCACAUACACCAUGGCUGCCCAUCAGGUCAUGAGUCAAACAUUCUACAUGUGUAGUGUAUUGGGUGAACCUCUUUCUCAAACUGCACAAUCAUUCAUGCCUGGAUUCAUACAUGGAGUGAAUCGUAGUUUGGAUAAGGCUCGGAUGCUACUCAAGUCACUCUUGAUCAUAGGAGGUAUCUUUGGUAUGGUAUUAGGGACUAUCGGAACGUUAGUUCCUUGGUUGUUCCCCAAUCUCUUUACACCUGAAGUGAAGAUUAUUCAAGAGAUGCAUAAAGUGUUGAUUCCAUAUUUCUUGGCGCUACUCAUAAUGCCCGCAACACUUUGCUUAGAAGGGACAUUAUUGGCUGGACGAGACCUGAAAUUUAUUAGUUUUUCAAUGUGCGGAUGCCUUUCUUUUGGUGCCCUUCUAUUGCAGAUUGUAAGCAAUAAAGGGUAUGGUUUGGUGGGCUGCUGGUGCGCCCUCGUCGGAUUUCAAUGGGCUCGGUUUUUUAACGCUCUUCGGCGUGUCCUCUCUCCCAAUGGAGUGCUUUACUCUAGUGAUUUGAGCCAUUAUAAAGUGGCACAGCAGAAGGCUGCAUAGGUGACAGCUCAAGUUGUGCUGGCAGCUUGAAACAGUGUUACUCAAAGAAGCAUAGGAUUUCACUAGCAGGUUUGAUGGUUCUGCUGCUUGGAUGAAGCUAAAACAGAAAGGAAAGUAGCUUUAUCUUUGGCUAUAUUCGCUUUGAAGCCAUUAGUAUCUGUCAUAAUUCAUGAUUUGGUUCAUUAUUUGUCUGCUAGGUAAUUGUAUAUUGCAAUACCGUUGAAGAAAAAGGUCAAAUUUAUGUUAAACGUGUAAAAGUGAAGAAUUGUAAUUUCUAUCUAUAAUAUAUAUACAUAUAUAUAUUUUGUAAAGGAACUUUUGAAGUUUUAUAUUGUUCA